AUGUCAGAAUUGCAAUCAGACACUACUACAACUAAAUCUCCAUUAAGCUCUGAAUCCGAACCAAAAGAAACCACAUCAACUAAGUUUGCAUCGACAUCAAGAACAAGUGGAUCAUCAGAAUCACAACCACAAAUAAAGACAUCUAGUGAGGCUACUCUAACGUCAGCUACUAGUGUGAUAUUGGAAUCUCAACCAGAGGAAAGUACGUCAACACAGUCAAAAUUAACAACUCCAAGUGGAUCGUCAGAAGUGCAACCACAAGAAGCUACCACAGCUAAAUCUCUAUUAACCUCGGAAUCUCAAUCAAAAGAAUCAACUUCAACUAGAUCUUUAUCGACGUCAGAAACAAGUGGAUCAUCGGAAUCUCAACCACAAGAAACAACCUUCAGCGAGUCUAUUCCAACAUCAACUAGAAGUGUAAUAUCGGAAGCUCAAGCAGAUGAGAGUACCUUAACACAGUCAAAAUUAACUUCAAGUGCAAGUGGUAUGUCAGAAUUGCAAUCAGACACUACUACAACUAAAUCUCCAUUAACCUCUGAAUCCGAACCAAAAGAAACCACAUCAACUAAGUUUGCAUCGACGUCAAGAACAAGUGGAUCAACAGAAUCACAACCACAAGUAAAGACAUCUAAUGAGGCUAUUCUAACGUCAGCUACAAGUGUGAUAUCGGAAUCUCAACCAGAGGAAAGUACGUCCACACAGUCAAAAUUAACGUCAACUUCAAGUGGAUCGUCAGAAUUGCAACCACAAGAAGCUACCACAACUAAAUCUCUAUUAACCUCGGAAUCUCAAUCAAAAGAAUCAACUUCAACUAGAUCCGUAUCGACGUCAGAAACAAGUGGAUCAUCGGAAUCUCAACCACAAGAAACAACCUUCAGUGAGUCUAUUCCAACAUCAACUAGAAGUGUAAUAUCGGAAGCUCAAGCAGAUGAGAGUACGUCAACACAAUCAAAAUUAAUUUCAACUGCAAGUGGAUCGUUAGAAUUGCAAUCAGACACAACUACAACUAAAUCUCCAUUAACCUCGGAAUCUGAACCAAAAGAAACCACAUCAACUAAGUUUGCAUCGACAUCAAGAACAAGUGGAUCAUCGGAAUCUCAACCACAAGAAACGUCCUUCGGUGAAUCUAUUCCAACAUCAACUAGAAUUCUAAUAUUGGAAUCUCAACCAGCGGAAAGUACCCCAACACAGUCACAUUUAACCUCAAUUUCAAGUAGAACGAUAGAAUUGCAACCAGAAGAAUCUACCACAACUAAAUCUCAAUUAACCUCGGAAUCUCAGCGAAAAGAAUCUAUUUCAACUAGGUCUGUAUCGACGUCAGAAACAAGUGGAUCAUCGGAGUCUCAACCACAAGAAACGUCCUUCAGUGAAUCUAUUCCAACAUCAACUAGAAUUCUAAUAUUAGAAACCCAACCAGGGGAAAGUACCCCAACACAGUCAAAAUUAACGUCAAACGCAAGUGGAACGUCAGAAUUGCAGCCAGAAGAAGCUACUACAACUAAAUCUCAACUGACCCCAGAAUCUCAACCAAAAGAAUCAACUUCAACUAGAUCCGUAUCGACAUCAGAAACAAGUGGAUCAUCGGAAUCUCAACCACAAGAAACAACCUUCAGUGAGUCUAUUCUAACAUCAACUAGAAAUGUAAUUUUGGAAUCUAAACCAGCGGAAAGUACCCCAACACAGUCACAUUUAACGUCAAUUUCAAGUAGAACGAUAGAAUUGCAACCAGAAGAAUCUACCACAACUAAAUCUCAAUUAACCUCGGAAUCUCAGCGAAAAGAAUCUACUUCAACUAGGUCUGUAUCGACGUCAGGAACAAGUGGAUCAUCGGAGUCUCAACCACAAGAAACGUCCUUCGGUGAAUCUAUUCCAACAUCAACUAGAAUUCUAAUAUUAGAAACCCAACCAGAGGAAAGUACCCCAACAAAGUCAAAAUUAACGUCAACCGCAAGUGGAACGUCAGAAUUGCAGCCAGAAGAAGCUACUACAACUAAAUCUCAAUUAACCCCAGAAUCUCAACCAAAAGAAACCACUUCAACUAAGUCAGUAUCAACGUCAAGAACAAGUGGAUCAUCAGAAUCACAACCACAAGUAACAACCUCUAGUCAGUUUAUUCUAACGUCAGCUACAAGUGUGAUAUCGGAAACUCAACCAGAGGAAAGUUCGUCAAGACAGUCAAAAGUGACGUCAGCUGCAAGUGGAAUGUCAGAAUUGCAAUCAGACACUACUACAACUAAACACCAAUUAUCCUCUGAAUCUCAGCCAAAAGAAACUACUUUAGCUAUGUCCGUAUCAACACCAGUAUCAAGUGAAUCAUCGGAAUUAGAAACACAAUCUAUGAUCUCUAAUGGGUCUGUUCUAACGUUAAUUGAAUUAACUUCAAUCACAACUGGCAUGUCAGAAGAACAAUCAUAUAAAGAAACCUUUACUCACUCGAUAGUGACUACAACUAUUAGUGGAUCGAUGGAAUCACAACCAAAAGAUACUUCCAAUCAACUCACAUUAACGUCAUCUGAAAAUGUAGCGUCGAAAUAUCAACCACAGGAGACUACGUCUCAUCAGUUUGAAGUGCCAUUAACUGUAAAUGUAACGUCAAAAUCUCAAUUAGAAGAAGCCACUUCUAGUCCCUCUCAAUUUACGUCAGCUAGAAAUGUAACGAGAUCACCAACUUCAGAUGAUACAACACGUGACAGUACUCCAGUUGCUAUAGAAGCAAUAGAAAAUAUCACUAAAUCAAAAGAUAUUCUUACAUUAUCAACUGUAUCUGUAAAAGAAACAACAACAGCAAAUCCUUAUUCAACCACAGUCCAAGCCAACGUGUUGGAAGGAGGUUAUCGUACUACUUCUAAUCGGGUUGAAAUGUCGAAAACGACCCUCCCUCAAACUGGUCAAUCUACUGAAUCUCCAAAAGUGUCGUUUUCUAGAAGUUACGAACCCAAUUAUCAAAGUAGUACAGUCGAGAUAAACACAACCAGCUUGGAAAUAAAUCACAAGCCAACAGGUUUGAAUUACGUUAAUAAAACAGAAACUGCACAAGAAAUCCCGAAAUCAUCCACGGUCUCAACUCCAACUACUGAUCGUUUAAGAAAUGUUCCAACUUCUACGAUGGAAAAGGGGUCUUCACACAUAGGUCUUGUAACAAAUGGUACAAUACCAUUAACCACUCAUACACCAGAAGGAAUUCUGUCACCAUUUACCACAACGAGUCCCGAAAGUGGUGUUGCAAAUGUUGCCUCAGUGGAAUCUUCUACUCUUUCCUCAUAUCUGAUAACUACUACCACAAAGGUGCCAUCAGCUGUCACUCCAUCUUCAGGAAAUGGAAUUGAAAAUUUAACGACGUCUCCAGUUCAGUCAACAUCUGAGGACAUGAACAUUUCUGAUUUUGCUACUACUAUUGGAUUAAUGGACACACAAUCAUCAUCCUUUGAUGGUGGACUUCUCAGUGAUGUAACCCUUCCUGUUGAUCGUAUGUCUACUGAGGCGUCGUCUUUAACCAAAAGCCAAUCAACAUCAGCUUCACUAGUGGUUUCAACUUCAAUUGAAGAGAGGAGUAACAUUUCUUCUUCAUAUGUGACUCCAUCCACAACAGGUGGCAAGAAAACUUCAGAUCUUCUAACACAAUCUUCAGUACUUAGUGGCUCUACAGUAGGUAAAGGUGAACUCAACCAAAAAGGAACAACCACAGAAGUGAUCAAUUACAUACCAAUCCAAAAUUUGACUCUAUCUGCCCCUUCGACUCUGAUGGUUCCUCCCGCUGAACUUACUGCUGAAAUAUUACCAGCUGGAACAAUACCUAAUUACGUAACUUGCAUAUGGACAUUUGGAGAAGAGGAAAUGAUGACGUCUUCUACUACAGUAGACAAUUUUUUGACAAGUCAUAAUGUUGUGUACAAUAUUACUGACGCCCAGGCCCCUAGUCAAGUUCUUAUAGUAGUAAACUGUAACAAUAUGAUCAGCUCCCAAGUUCUCGAACACAGUUUAGAGUUGGUGGGAAAAAUAGAAGGGUUAAGUGUGAACGUUUCUUCAGAUGUUACUGGCGUGGAUAUCCCUGUUGAAUUCAGAAUAUCUAUAACAUCGGGAUCUAAUAUAAGCUUUUCUAUUGACUACAGAGACCAAAACUAUGAAAGGUUUAAUUACAGUGAAACAGAGAGUGUAGGAAAUUCUUUAACCACCUUUCAUUCGUAUAGUUUUCCUGGUGUUUUUACAGCUUAUAUAAACGUGGAAAACUCGGUGUCCUACGAAACUAAAAUUCAACAGGUCCGUGUAUUGGAACCUAUUUCUGGUUUAACUAUUCAAGCCAGCGCCCCAAGCAAAAACCAGAAGACGACUUACACGAAUGAUCAAUUUCCGGUCUAUCUUCCUGUCACAUUUUCGGUCUUCCAUACAACGGGCAACAAUCUCAAGUACCAAUGGACAAUUACAGAAACUUUACCCAAUCUGAACUCACUUUGCCAUAAUACACCAGCCCGCUUUCAUCUCCCAUGUUCCACUGAAUACAGGUGUUCUCUCCUAAUGUUGCCAUUUCUAGUGUAA